GAACACAAGUUUUUUAAAUACAUCAGAUUGCGGUACUCGUGAACGGAUGACUUUUAUUGCUUAUUUGCUGUUUUUAUAAAAUAAUGAUCGUAAAAUAAAAAUAUUUUUUUUUAUCAGAGACUAAUUUAUAUAGAAAUUAAUUUAUUUUUAUAAAAUUUAAUUUUUAAAUAGUACUUGUGGGUUUCAACUAAAAAAAAAAACCUAUUUGGAAAUCAACAAAUGUUACUGAAUUAAAUAAGUAUAUUUUAUUAACUAAAAUAUGAAGCUUUUAUUAACACUAUUCAGUCAACUUUUAAUUAUUGUUUGUGCUCAAGAAAAUUGUAGAACACCAUCAGGGCAAAUCAGCACGUGCAUUCUUAUAACAGAAUGCCCUCCAUUGUUAAGUAUUCUCAGAGGUCCGCGACCAAUUCCUUAUGAAGGACUAGAACUUCUUCGUUCAUCACAAUGUGGAUUCGAAGGAAAAUUACCUAAAGUUUGUUGUGAAACAGAACAGCCUGUCCAAUUAUCAACAACAGUGGAACCAAAAUUAUCAGUAGUAUCCGAGCCUCCAGAUGUCUCGAAUCAUUCAAAUUUAAAACUAUUUAAUCACAGCAUCUGUGGCCCAAUUACUGCGCCUAAAAUAUUUGGAGGCAAUAAAACUGGCGUUCUCGAUUUUCCAUGGAUGGCCUUGAUAGCUUAUCAUAUUAAUGGAAGAAAAGAAUUUAGAUGUGGUGGUACAAUUAUUAACAAACGUUACAUCUUAACAGCUGCUCAUUGUGUCACGAGCUUGCCCCCAAGUCUUUCUUUACUUGGAGUACGAGUUGGAGAUCAUAAUUUGAAUACAGAACGGGAUUGUGAUAGAGAUGAAGAUGGCCUUGAGAUAGUUUGUGCUGAUCAAUAUCAAGAUUUUUUAAUUGAAACCAUUCAUUUCUAUCACGAUUACGUUCCAUCAAAACUACAAAAUGACGUAGGCCUGAUACGAUUAAAUUCAGAUAUAGAUUUUACACCAAUAAAUGUAAAGCCAAUUUGUUUGCCCAUUGGAACGGCUCAAAGAUUGGGUCAAAAAACUGUCACCGUAACAGGAUGGGGAGCUACUGAAUACGGUACUCGAAGUACAGAACUUCUUAUGGUAAAUUUAUCUCCAGUUCCUAUUGACGAAUGUGCAAAAGCUUACGAAGGUAAAUCGGUAAUUUGGUACAAACAAUUAUGUGCUGGUGGCAAAAAUGGCAAAGACUCUUGUCUUGGUGACAGUGGUGGUCCUCUACAAUCACCCGGACAUUACUAUAAUGAUGUACGAUACGUUCAAUACGGUAUUGUAAGUUAUGGACCACGGAGUUGUGGUAUUGAUGGUUUUCCUGGAGUUUAUACAAACAUACCUUAUUACAUGGACUGGAUACUGGAUAGUUUGAGAGAUUAAAAAAUAUAUAUUAUAUUUUUUCGAUUACAAAUACUCUCUAAUUUUAUAGUUAUUCAAUUUAUUUAAAGACUGUUAAAUAAUCUUAUUAUAAACUUAUAACAAAUAAUGUUAUAUAUUGCAAUAAAUUGAUAUAUUUACACAUGAAAGU